CGGGGAGCCCCUACAUCCUGAGGUCCAUCAUGAAGUUCCAGUAUAAGGAGGACCACCCCUUCGAAUAUCGGAAAAAGGAAGGUGAAAAGAUCAGAAAGAAAUACCCGGACCGGGUGCCGGUCAUCGUGGAGAAGGCUCCUAAAGCCAGGGUCCCUGAUCUGGAUAAGAGAAAGUACCUUGUGCCCUCCGACCUCACUGUUGGCCAGUUCUACUUCUUAAUCCGGAAGAGGAUCCACCUGAGACCUGAGGACGCCUUAUUCUUCUUUGUCAACAACACUAUCCCUCCCACCAGUGCUACCAUGGGCCAGCUGUAUGAGGACAACCACGAGGAAGACUAUUUUCUGUAUGUGGCCUACAGUGACGAAAGUGUCUAUGGGAAAUGAGGCAGGAGGCCCAGCAGAUGGGAGCACCUGGACUUGGGGCCCAGGAAGAACUUGUGUUGCUUUGGCUGUGAGAGCGGGACGGGGACAACGUGACUUGCAGCCUUGUUGUGAGCUUGCCCUCGGGCAGUUUCAUCAGAGGUUUGGGAGGAGGGCAGGUGGCCGAUAGAGAAGAAUACAGUUCAGCAGCAACUCCGGGCUCUUUGGGCAGAGGUUUGAUUUUUGGCAUUUGUACAAGCCGCAAAGGGGGAAAGAAUGCUGUAGGGGACCAUACCUAAGGGACCAAAAGAUACCCACUGUCACUGAAGCAUUGCGACCCCUGACCUCUUCUGUCUCCAAUACCUCCCUCUCCUAGUCCUUUUCUCCCACCCAGGUGUCAUAGCACCGCCCCAGUUGUGGCAGGAGACAUUCUCACAGAUGUUUAGAUGGAGUCCUCUUGGAAAAUAGGGCUGUAUGGGAACGUGGUUAUGAUUGCCAGCGGUUUGGAUGGCAUUAAACUGGAGUUGAGGGCCGAACGUGUCCUGCUCCUCAUCCCAUAAUUUCCUUGGACUUUCAGGAGCCUCAGGAUCAGUCCUCUAGCAUUUCCUUCACCUUUCUCAUGUACAGGGACAGCGUGUCUGUGUGGAGGGUCCAGGUUACAAGGUAAGCUAGGUUGCACACCUGCCCACUCAUCCUCCCCCCUGCUGCAGUCUCUUCCGUCUCACACGCACUGGAAUGCUAAGCGAUGGCCAGCUGUCUCCCUCCUUGGCAUCGGCUAUUCAGAGAAGAUGGAGUGAGGGGUGCCAGAGUUUCAUGGGGGCUUUACUCAUUCAUUUCAUUUAGGGACUCUCUGGGGGGAGGGGCAGGAAUUGCAUUCUCACAUGACAUUUCAAUUCAUCUCUACAAAUGAGGAGCGUCCUCCCUGUUGGGAGCAAUCUGUAUGUCUGCUUUGUCAGCUUCAGGUUCUGGUACUUUGAAGUCAAUUAUGUCAGGCCAGGGAAAUAAAAUAACUGCUUACCUUAAAAACCUA